GCCAAGGUAGUGUCGAAAGGUCAAAUGCGGAAGUUGAAAACAUGUUAAGAACCUGGAUGAUCGGUAAUAAUUCGACAAAUUGGAGUCGUGGUUGCUACGAAGUCCAAUGGCAAAAGAAUACAUCGCAACAUAGAGUCAUAAACAGGAGCCCGUACGAAGCUCUACUUGGACCGAUAAAAAGCGGCAUAAGAAAUACGUCUUUGCCUGAUGAAAUUUUAAAUUCACUUAAGACAGAGGAAGACUUGGAGCAGGCUCUCGAGGAGCAGAAUGUACAAUUGAACGCGAGUGUUGAGCAGUGCGAAGACGUAGGCAAGAGGAAGAGGGUGCGAGAGGAUGAAGAAGAGGAGGGAGAGGGAACACAGAAGAAGCGAAAGAUAGACGUCUCGAGCAGUAUUCUUUGCACAAAGUGCAAAAUGGAAAUGCAUAGCGACCGCGGACAGGCUGUUAUCUGUUCAUUGUGCGCUAGGGGCGAACAACUACUUGACACUCGGUCAAAUUGCUUCGAGCGUCAAAAGGCAGAGGCCAAAAAACUGGUUACCUUUUCGAGUAUCACUUUUCCACCCUUUCAGAUCAACGACACCAUUACAUUAUCUGUUCCCACUGUAGACCGUGGACCUCUAGAUUUUAAUAACAUAUUUGGCGUUGUAACUGAUAAAAAAAAUGACGUAUAUCAAAUUGGAACCAAGGAUGGGAUAUUGAAAGGGUGGUUCCCCCGUACUGAAAUUGCAAAAUCGGGCACUAAUCUUAUUACCAUGGCUGACAUUCCCAAAAAUAUUCUUCUUACUUUGAGGGAAGCUGCUGGGAAGCAAUCUGCAAGUGGUGGACAGGGAUACAAAAAAUGCAAUUGCAAAAUCAGCUAA